AGAGUGUCAAGGGAAGCUUGGGGCCAGUGGAAGAAGGGGGGGAAGGGUGGGAGCAGAGGUGCUCUGGGCCAUGGCUGAGGCCAUCACCUAUGCAGACCUGCGGUUUGUGAAGGCUCCCCUGAAGAAGAACAUCUCCAGCCGGUUAGGACACGACCUGGAGGCUGAUGAGGAUGAGGAACUCACCUACGAGAAUGUACAAGUGCCCUCAGUCUCAGGUGGGCCCUUGAGCUUGGCCUCUUCUGGAGGAGGGAACAAAGCAGACUGGAGUAGCUACCGGUCCGCAGGGCUCCAGUCGGAGCAGCCAACUGCGUCCUGGAGCUCCGUGGCGUCACCGGCUGCCGGGAGGAUUCUCACUGGCCGGGCAACCUGCACGCAGUACCUCUUUCUUGGCCUGCUCCUCACCUGCCUGCUGUUAGGGGUGGCCUCCAUCUGCCUGGGAGUGCGCUAUCUGCAGGUGUCUCAGCAGCUCCAGCAGAUGAACAGUGUUCUGGAAGCCACUAACAGCAGCCUGAGGCAGCAGCUCUACCUAAAGAUAACCCAGCUGGGGAAGAGGGAAGAGGAUAUGCAAGGGUCUAGGAGGGAACUGGCCCUGAGUCAGGAAGCACUACAGGAGGAACAGAGAGUUCACCAAGCCACCCAAGAGCAGUUACAGGCCUGCCAGUCUGACAGGGAGAAGACAAAGGAGGCCUUGCAAAGUGAGGAGGAGCAGAGGAGGAUUUUGGAGCAGAAGCUGAGCAGGAUGCAGGACACAAUGAAGCCCUUGUUUACAUGCCCCGCAUCAGAUACCUGCUGUCCCUUGGGAUGGAUACUGAGCGAGAAGAGUUGCUUUUACAUCUCAUUUACUGCGAGAACUUGGGAAGAGAGCCAAAACCACUGUAAAUCUCUGUCCUCUGACCUGGCCAUGGCCACAUUCAGUGACUAUUAUCUAGUUAAUCCUUACAGCGUGAGGAAGGUGUUGACAGAAGUAAGUCCACCUGGUCCAUUUUGGGUUACCUACAACUAUGCUAAGAUGCAGCAGUCUGACAGUAAAAGAUACUCUGGGUCUUAUGGUCGAGGUUCAAGAUGUUACAGGGUACAAAACACUUGGCCAAGGCUGCAGCAGGAGGACUGCACUUCUAAACUUCCCUGCAUCUGCGAGAUGGCAGUUUUAAGAGAUCCAAACAGGGAGUACUCUUUGCCCUGAGUUGGGUACGCAUGCCAACAAGAGACUGUGCCCCUCACCUGUAACUGCGGCCUGCAGGCCCUCAGAUCAUCUUCCUCCAGUGUUCUCUCACUCUGCCUGGGCAGUGCCCAGCCAAGGGCUGAUCCAUGCCCAACACUUCUACCCAGCCUGCUGCCUACUUGAAAUCCUGUCCGAGAAACUGGACUGUUCCUGGGAAAGCG